UAGAUGGCGUUCUUGUCAGAGAGAAUCGUGCUGAGGCAGCUUAAGAAAAAUUCCGCGAGACAUCUCUGCUUUCGUCGGGACUUUAUUGCAAGAAGAAAUUUUGCAUCUUCUCUGUGCUUUUUUGUGCGAUUUUUGAUCAAAAUUUUAGGGCGUAAUUAAUGCAACAGUAAAGUGGAAAAUGUGGAUCCGGCCAAAGGAAUCCCUCCUGCCGCUGGCUCUUUGGGUCAAUGAGCCAACCGAGAUCACAUCGAAGUACUUUGUCAUGCAACGGAGACGGGGCCAUGGUCAAUCGCGGGGGCUGUCCUCGCUUCUGGUCGGUACGCUCGACAGUGUUUUCGACACAAGACCAGCUCCCUUCCGGAUCCUCCAUCAGACACCCUCCUCAGAGGUCUACUACGAGAUUGCCAGCGCUCUGACGGAGGAAGACAUAAAGAGGGAUUGGAAUUGGUUGGUAAAUAAUCUCUUUAAGGUGCUCAAUGAGAUGGAGACUGAUGAGGAGAUUACAAAUUUUACAAUAUGCAAAGUUCAAUCGCUUGUAGCCCACAAUUCCACAUCAAUUGAGGAAGAGGUCAGCGAUCCCAGUAGUUUUCAAGUUGUCGCCUCGAAAUUCCGCGAGAGAUUCAAUAUGCCCGAAGAGGAGAGGCUCGUUAACUACUAUUCGUGCAACUACAGCAAAAAUCGCCUCCCGCGUCAAGGUCAUAUUUAUCUAUCUCUGAAUCACCUCUGCUUCUACUCAUACAUCUUUGGGAAGGAGACCAAAUUGGUGCUGAGCUACACAGAAAUGAUCGAUAUUUCCCGAACGGCCAAUUCCAUUUACAUUCGCACGCAAAAUAAUUCCGAAUACACUUUCGGGCUACUCUUCUCACCCAGUGAGACGUACAAUUUGCUUGAGCAACUCAGCAAGAUGGCCAUGCAGAAGAUGAUUCAGGAUCCAGAUAGCCCCAGCUUUGAUCACGACCCCGUUCUGUCGCGAAAGACAAGCAAGAAUGUCUCGAAGAAAUCCUUUUUGCUCCGUGAUCUCACCGCUAGGCAGCACAGCGAUGAGUACAGGAUGUUCUUCCGAUUGCCCCUAACGGAGAUCCUCGAUGGCACGAUCAAGGCUAAUUUGUGGACACCCUACAAUAAGAAAUACGUCUCGGGGUGUAUCUAUUUGUCGCAGAACUUUCUCUGCUUCAGAAGUGACGUCAAAAGACUCGUCAGCAUUGUUAUUUGCAUGAAGAAUAUACGGAGUGCUGAGAAGAAAGACGACAGCUUGUCAAGGUUCGAGAAUCAAAUUGUAAUCUCCACAAAAGACGCCUCAGCACUCCAAUUCUCCCAAAUAAGUGAUCGGGAAUUUUUACUGAAUAAAAUUUCAGAAUUUCUCUCAAAGCAAGAAGAGCCAAAGCACAAGGAACGUCCAAAGUACGAUAAAGGAUGGACAAAAGUUCAGGCCUUGAUAAAUUUGCGCCAAGAGGAGGAUGAUGCGGAAAUGGCGGCGAAGCAAAUGCAGAAAAUGGCCAAAUGGGAGGAGCACUUUCGUGAAUUUGGCCGUGGAAUUUCCAUGUUUAGGACCUGGGAAGUGGCCAAUUUGGUCCUUCAGGGCAUACCGGAUCGUUUGCGCGAGGAAGUGUGGUUGACGUUUUCGGGUGCAAUUCACGAUCGGGACAUGAAUCCCGGACUGUACGAGGACCUCGUGGAGAAGUCCAUGGUCAAGUACACCCCUGCUCAUGAUGAGAUUGAGAGGGAUCUCCACAGAUCCCUCCCGGAGCAUCCGGCUUUCCACACCGAAGAGGGUAUCGAUGCCCUACGUCGUGUCCUGCAGGCAUAUGCCUUCCGUAAUCCUCAAAUUGGCUACUGCCAGGCAAUGAAUAUUGUUUCGUCAGUCUUUCUCGUAUUUUGCGACGAAGAAAAUGCCUUUUGGCUCCUUGCGCGACUCUGUGAGACCCUCCUACCUGACUACUACAAUGACAAAGUUGUGGGUGCUCAAAUUGACCAGGGUGUCCUCAAUGAGCUUAUAUCGGAAUUCCUUCCGAAUCUAUAUGAGCGUCUCGAUCAACUUGGGAUGAUUAAGAUGAUUUCCCUCUCCUGGUUUCUCACCAUCUUCCUGUCUGUGAUGCCCUACGAGAGUGCUCUACACGUCAUCGACUGCUUCUUCUACGAUGGUGCUCGAGUUAUUUUUAUGAUUGCCCUGAAAGUAUUGGAGUGGAAUGAAGAGGGGAUGCUCUCGUGUCAUGACGAUGGGGAGGCCAUGCAGAUCCUUUCGAUAUUCCUCAGUGGAAUUUACAAUCCGGAAUAUCCAACAUAUACAAAGAACUACGAAAGGCACAAAACUCAAAAAAUCCAUACGGUGAUUGAGAGUGCCUACAAGACAUACGAGGAUAGCAUCACUGCUCAAAAGAUUGAAGAGCUAAGGAACAAACAUCGCCGGAAAAUUGUUCAUCAAUUCGAAGUGGACACCGAGACUAGCAUUAUACGCCAAUUGAGAGGAAAAACUAACUUCUCUCAGGAUGAAUUGCGUCUCUUGCUGUCAUUUAUACGGGAGGAGAAGCUGAGGAAUAGUCGAAAGAGUGCAGCGAAACCACCAACAUUCCAGGGGGAGCCUGUAACGCCCAUUGAAACACUCUUUGAUGAUGAUUCCCCGAAGGAUCCCUUCACAAGGAGGGGAAUGGAUGUCCGGGAACCGCGACUGGAGGUUUACAAUGUCGAUUUGGAGAUUUUCAAGACACUCUUCACGGAGCUGAGUGUCUGGAGGGAGUGCCAAGGUGUAGACUUGGCGGAAAAGCUCUUCCAGCUGCUGGAUAGGAGAUCCCUUGGCUACCUGGACUUUGAGCAGGUCAUCCAGGGUCUGGGAGUUGUUUGCUGUGGCAGGACAGUGGAGAAGUUGCGACUACUCUACAUUCUACACCUGCCACCGUUACUGCCAAAGGCAGAAAUUGAAAUGGGACACCAGACAGUCUCCAGUGGACGCACAAAGGAUGGCUUAGCUGAGGUGGCAGCCGAGGCGGAGUAUUUCUUCAGUGAGGUCACAACGGACGAUGCAUUCCCCCUCACAGAUACAGCAUUCGAUCUUCACACCCACCCCAUGGAUUUGCUCCUACCACCUACAGACAAAUCCGCGAGUGUUACGCCAAAUUUGAGCCUCAAUUCCGGGAGUGGGGUUCGGACGUCUGUAUUCUAUGUGGAUUUACCCACGGCAGAUGGAUGCAAGUCCAUUGAUACUGUAUCGGAUAUCAGUGAUUUGGGGCUGCGAGAUAAGGAGAGCAAUUGCGAUGAUUUCUCGCAUCUAUCGUCACAGAAUGAUGAUGGGGCAGCAGCAAGGGUGGAUCCGCAAAUCUCAAUGCCCUCAUCACUGGGUGAGACGCGCAGCCUCAGUAGCUUGCGGCAUUUUGUCGUGGAUCAAUCGUGGGAUCUGUCGCCCGAAGGGAGAAUUGUACCGAAUAUGCCACAGACAAACUUCCUCAUACUCUGGACGUCUCUACUGGAGAUUCUGGAGUAUACGAAUGACAAUCUUAGGCGUGCGUAUGAGCAACUCAUUGACCAGGGGCAUCAGCAGCGUCCGACACACUCCACAAAGACAUCCGGCACGAGUCUCAAUAGCUUCACGCAGAUGACAAUGCCCGAUGAUGAGGGUGAUCCCAAUGGGAAUACCUCAUCCCCUGGAAGGCUCUCCCAAGAGGCAUCGUCAUCACGAUGGAAUAUCUCCUUCAAGCAAUUCAGUGAUGCCGUUACACCGCUCGUGGAUGAAAAGAUGAAAAAUCGCGUGGAUAUCCGGAAGGAGAUUGAGCGAGUCCAGAAGAAUAGGAGGAAGUGCAAAGUGUAAGACGCGCGGUGGUGUGAUCCAGCAACAGGUAAUUUUGUAGAAUACAUCUCGUCUUUUUUGUGAAAUAAAAUUGUUCAAUAGAUUA